UGAUUUCUGGUUGCUCACCGAAAUAGCCCCGCUUAAUCAUCAUGACGCCGUCAUCGAACCGCUUUGUCUUUUGGCUGGGUGAGACGAAAUUACUUUAUAUCCCAUCAAUUAAGGCCAGUUGCCAUUGUCUUUGUCUUAAUUGUUGCUCCUGUGCCAGCAUUGGAUUGCUAUGCUCUGCUAGCGUCUUACGGGGGAAUUCUCCUAGGGUUACAACGUUGCAUCACCGCCAACCUCCCUCCUUGCCCAACAUAUAGCCAGGUACAUCUCAAUUGCUAACCAUUACGAAUAAAACACCAUACUAUUGCAGGGAAUUCUAUCUUUUCGAUAUUUCGCCAGUUUCAGCCAACAGUCCGCCAACACAAUGGCUGACACUGCCAGCGCUAGUAGCACUUCAGUUAUGCUCUCCAAGCGUCGCCGUAUCGCUGUGCUCACAAGUGGUGGCGAUGCCCCCGGUAUGAAUGGCGUGGUCCGCGCCGUCAUCCGCAUGUCUAUCCACUGUGGUUGCGAGGCUUAUGCUAUCCAUGAGGGUUAUGAAGGCCUAGUUCGAGGCGGGAAGUUUAUUAAGCGGAUGCAUUGGGAAGAUGUGCGCGGCUGGUUGUCGCGGGGAGGUACCCUGAUUGGCUCUGCUCGCAGCAUGAGCUUCCUGACACGAGAAGGACGUCUACAGGCGGCUAAGAAUUUGGUUGUGCGUGGAAUCGAUGCGCUAGUUGUAUGCGGUGGUGACGGCAGUUUGACCGGGGCAGAUAUCUUCCGUGGAGAAUGGGCCGGUUUAUUGGGCGAGUUGGUUCAGAAGGGGGAAUUGACCUUGGACCAGGCGAAACCGUACGAUUCCCUCAAUAUUGUUGGCAUUGUAGGUUCUAUUGAUAAUGAUAUGUCGACAACUGAUGCUACGGUUGGUUGUUAUUCAUCACUCCAUCGUAUAUGUGAGGCUGUCGACUAUGUGUUCGAUACGGCUGCUUCCCAUCAACGUGGCUUCGUGAUUGAGGUGAUGGGGCGGCAUUGUGGCUGGCUGGCCCUAAUGUCGGCCAUCAGUACGGGGGCAGACUGGUUGUUUAUCCCGGAGAGGCCUCCCCGAGACGGCUGGGAAGAUGACAUGUGUGACAUCAUCACCCAGAAUCGGAAACGAGGCAAGCGCCGCACUAUCGUAAUCGUAGCUGAAGGCGCACAGGAUAGCAACUUGAAGAAGAUAUCCUCGGAAUCCGUGAAGGAUCUACUGAGCAACAGGUUGAAGCUUGACACUCGGGUGACCAUUCUCGGCCAUACACAGCGAGGAGGCCCUGCCUGUGCUUACGAUCGGUGGUUGGGCACACUUCAGGGAAUAGAAGCUGUCCGAGCUGUUCUGGAAGCCAAACCCGGCUCACCUUCACCGAUCAUAACCAUUAGAGAAAACAAAAUCGAGCGGUCGUCCCUCCUCGACGCUGUUCGAGUCACGAAAAUGGUAACCCAGGCCAUCAAGGAUAGAGACUUUGCGACAGCGUUGGAAUUGCGAGAUGCGGAAUUUAAAGCCUAUCACAGGGCGUACAUCAACACGGCGACUCCUCACCAUCCCAAGUUGCAGCUACCAGAGAGCAAACGAAUGAGAAUCGCAAUUAUUCACGUUGGUGCGCCCGCUGGUGGUAUGAAUCCCGCAACGCGCGCAGCUGUAGCCUACUGUAUCGCCCGUGGUCACACACCAAUUGCGAUUUACAACGGCUUUCCAGGCCUUAUUCGACACCACGCGGAUAAGCCUCUAGGUUCAGUCCGAGAAGUUACAUGGCUUGAAUCAGACACGUGGGUAAAUGAAGGCGGUUCGGAGAUCGGCACAAACCGCGGCCUCCCCUCCGAAGACUUUGAGAAGGUCGCCGAAUGCUUCGAGCUAUACAAUUUCGAUGCCCUCUUUGUGAUUGGCGGCUUCGAAGCGUUUACUGCCGUAAGCCAGCUCCGCAAAGCCCGAAAUGAAUUCCCCGCCUUCCGAAUUCCCCUCGUCAUCCUCCCGGCGACUAUCUCCAACAACGUUCCGGGCACUGAAUACUCCCUCGGUAGCGAUACCUGCCUGAACGCCCUCAUCAACUUCUGCGACGUAAUCCGCCAAUCGGCGUCCUCCUCCCGCCGACGGGUCUUCGUGGUUGAAACCCAAGGCGGCCUCUCAGGCUACGUAGCCACAAUGGCCGGGCUCGCCAUCGGUGCCUACGCCGUCUACAUUCCUGAGGAGGGGAUCGAUUUAAAAAUGCUCGCGCGGGACAUCGAGUACCUCCGCCACAACUUCUCUACCGACCGCGGAGCUAGCCACGCGGGCAAGAUAAUCCUACGCAAUGAGCACGCCUCAGCCACGUACACCACGCAGGUAAUCGCCGACAUGAUCAAAGGGGAAGCGCACGACCGCUUCGAAUCGCGCGCCGCGGUACCGGGCCACUACCAGCAGGGCGGGAAACCGUCACCGAUGGACCGCGUGCGGGCACUGCGCAUGGCUAUAAAAUGCAUACAGCACAUGGAGACGUUCUUUGGGCUGGAAAAGGAGAAGAUUGCGGCGGAUCCCAUGUCCAGUGUCGUUAUUGGGAUUAAGGGAAGCGAGGUUGUUUUUGGGCCGGUGGGUCCGGGCGUUGACGGGCGCGAUGGGUUGGAUAAAACAGAUACAGACUGGGUUCGUCGAAAGCCGAAGAAUGAUUUUUGGAUGGGGCUGAAGGAGCUGGUGGAUAUAUUGAGUGGGAGGCCUGGGGAGGAUCAUGAUGGGGUGCUGAGAACGGCGGAAGAGGAAGGGUGGGGGGCGUAUGCGCCGAUGGAUCCAUGUCAUUUUACAGAGUAGCUCUAAAUAUGUUCAGAUGUUCAGGUGGCUGGUGCUGACUUGAUGGAUAUAUAUAUUUCCUUUUACUAUUAGUUUUCAGCUGUUUUUCGAUUAUUCAGUUUGAUUAGAUUGAGGGUUGAUAUUCAUAUUUCAGCACAACAAUCAACUAGAUAAACAUAUUAAAAAUUAUCAAGUCUUUACACCUGAAUAAAAAUAUUCCUCUCUGCUUAGAUAAUCUUUUUGAGUAGGAUCAAAAAAUCUAUACAAUACUCUAAC